AUUGUCAAUAUGUUUAGAAGUUUAGAUGAUAGAUUAUAUCAUUAUAGACUCUAUGACACUUAAUGAUAGAUAUAUUAUAGAUCUAGUUAUAGAUCUAGAUCUACAUUGGUGUUUGUCUUGACAAAUCUAGAUUUAGAAUUAAUCAAUACAGAAUCUGGCAGUGACAAGUGAGAAAUGCCAGAUAAUUAUGAUUCUCUACACAAAAAAGAAUCUUUACACAAAGAAGCUCAGCAAAUAGUUGAUCCUCAGGCAUAAAACCUAACUAGGGUUAACAACAUACAUUUAUAUGCACUUCCCAACUUCUCUUCAAGUAGCCAGCACAACUUUGGUCACUUGUACAACACUCUGGAUUGUGGCUACUCUGAUUCUGAUUUGACGCUAGGAAGCAGCUGUGAGGAUAUGGAAUCUGUGUUGCCCAAUUCAAAUCGCUUGGUCUUACCUUUGGCCAAAACAUCCGUGUCAAGUUUAAAUGGUGAUAAAGUGCUCAAGAGAAUUGUUAUUCCUCCACAAAGAGACAGAAUGACUACAGUGGCAGAGCCUACAAGAUUGGUUUUAUUAGGAGAUAAAGGUACCACUUUUGAUACUUCUCAACUAAACAUUCUAGAGCCUCUAGGACUUCAGAUAUCAACAAAACCAUCUAAAGAAACAUUUGUUCAAGAAAACUCAUCUCUGAAAAAUUCCAAUGAAACUUCCAAAACAUUUGUUAAGUAUUUAGAUUAUUUGGAAGAAAUGGAACUCAAAAUACGUUACAUGAAAAAUGACAUAGAAUUCAAACAAAAUCAAAUCUCAGCAAGAAAUAACUUAGGACUUAAUCGAAAUCAAAGUAGACAAACUUUAGUAAAUAGGACUCAUAAACACAAUUUUGGAACCCAUCCUGGUGAGGAAGCAUCAUACAAACAGCAUAUCAAAAAACAUGCCCAUGAAAAAGUUAAACAAAAAAUUCCACCUGCCUUGGUUCCUGAAUCUCACAACCAUCAGGCGGUACCCUCAAAAAGAGUGGAUAGAAUACAAGCAGCAGUUGUACAAAGUAUUUCAAAAAGUAGUCAGGUUGCAUUGCUGUCAGACGCCCAGUCAAAUAAUGGCAGCAGUAAGACUCAGUUGCCUGUGUAUGUUUCCCCUAAUAAAAGGAAGGUUAUUUUCUCUUCCCAAUCUUCUGAAGACUUAACUAAGUCAGUGCCAGUAGUAAGAAAAGUUUUAUUUCAAGGUAUCUCACCAGAAAACAUUGCUUAUAUGGCUGGUAAACAAAAUUCUACAGUUCAUAAUUCAAAUACGGCUACCAGUAGAUUCAAACUUGUUAAAAAUAUUGAAAAUUCAUCACGUAAAGCAGCAAAUGGUGAUGCUCAAUCAAGUGUUUCAAAUAACACUGUACCCACUUCAACAUCACUGAGACCACAGUCAGAGACUGCUCAACUUAAGAAAGUGUCCAUGGCAAAUGUCCAAAAUGCAUCCAAACUGGUCAGCAAGUACAAGAUAAAGCAUCUUUCUCCAACAUCUGCUCCAAAAAUGGCACCUUCCAUCAAUGGCCAUCUUAAAUCUGAUUCAUUUGUCUCUCAGUCUGGCUCUAACUCUUUAAUGGCCACCCCAGCUUCCAAAAAGCAAAACCUUUUUUCUUUCAAAAAAUCUCCCUUGAUCAUACAAAGUGCUGCAAAGCUGGUUAGCAAGUACAAGUUGAAAAGAAUUUCUCCAACAUCAGCAUCGAAAAAGGCUCCAAUUUUCUAUCAAGGCACAUCCAGUCAGCAUCAUAAAUUUUCAUUUCCGCGUUCUAGUACUUUUACAAAAUUCAACAAGAAUAAGUUAAAGUUGGACAAAAGAAAUCCAGAGAAAAUCAGAAGUGAUCCAUCUAGAGGGAGAGGUCUGAUAAAGUUGGACAGAAGAGUUACUACUAGCACUAGCAAGAAAGUACAGGGGAACCAGUCAUUUAAGAGAAUUGCUCCUUUUUCUUAUUAUAAUACAGGUUCCUUUUAUAAAUGGUCAAGGCCAACACUGCAAGCUAAUAACUUUUGGAGGCUGAAAAUGAGACAAAAACUGAGGUUAGGGUUUAUGGGUACUCAUAGAUAUGCAAGUUUUAAAAUAAACAAGUCUUCAUGGCCGUCUGCUUUAAACUUUAAACAAAAGAGAAACAACAAAAGUUUGGUGAAGAUUGGAGAUCACUUGUACAAAUCCAAUUCAAGGCAACUCACCAGAAUUAAAAGGUCAACUUCAUUCUCAUCUGUUCAUGACUCAAGCAGCAGACAUAGUUUCAAAGAUAACACACCCCAAAGAAGUUGGAAGAUGCAAAAAUUGAAAUUAAUUUCUUUACAAGGUGUUCAUUUUAAUGUUGAUUCAAAGGGCAAAAAAUUAAGCCGAGCUGUUUUCAAAAGUAGUACAAACUCUAAUGAAAGUAUUGCUCAUGUAAACAAAAUAGCAUUGGAUCAGAAGCGAUCAGAUGAAAAUGCAAGACUUGCUGCCAGUCGUGCAGUUUAUCGGAGUAUUGCCAUCGCUGCUGUCAAGUUUAAAAAAGACAACAAGAAGAAGAUUCAGAAACAGCAUUGCAUAUUCUUUGGUCGUUUUGGUAAAUGUUUUCGAGGGGACAACUGUCCAUACCUACAUGACCCACAAAAAGUAGCUGUAUGCACCAGGUUCUUGCGCGGCAGAUGUGAUGUUGUGAAUUGCCCAUUCUCCCAUAAAGCGUCUGUGCACAAAAUGCCAGUGUGUAUGUACUACCUCAGAGGCGCAUGCUCACGAGAUGAUUGUCCCUACCUACAUGUUAAAGUCAAUCCUGAUGCACCCACCUGCAAAGACUUUUUGAAUGGUUUCUGUUCAUUAGGUGAUAAGUGCAAGAGGCUGCAUUCCUUUGUUUGCCCAACAUAUUCUUACACUGGUUCCUGUCGCAGAGGUGUGAACUGUCCAAUGUUACAUAGACAGCGACAAAACGAUGUCAGUACCAAGCAAAAAGCUCCCAUUAGUGUGCCGGCCAAGAGAGAAUCAAAGACUUCAGAAAUUAAACCUUUCAUUGGAGUCAGGACUGAGCCAAUAGCUGCACAGCCAUCUUAUAUAUCGCUUACCACAGAAGAUAAUUCCCGAGUCACCAUAAACUCAUCAGUGUCACCCCAAGAAAAAAACCCUGAAACUUUAGCUCAUUCAUCACUUCUGUCUUUGCUAAGCAGGCCUACAGCCAGCCUUACUAAUGACUCAACUAGAAUUAGGCCUGCAUUUCUCUCACCUCUCUAUGAAACUCAGUCUAACAUUUCCUCAAGUUUGAGUUUAAUAGAUACACAACAAUCAUGUAUCCCAGUGACUGAACAAGAUACUCUCAUGACAGCUUCAUCAACUUCCUUACCACUGGACAAAACAAAAAUGAAUUCUCAGUUAUCAUUUAUAUCUUUUGGGUCUAUUGACAAGACCAACAUUACCAUUGAUUCCAACCAAGUAAUUCCAGCAGCUCUUGAAUUGAAUCAAAGCACUAAAUCUCAUUGUACUAGCUCAUCAAGUUUAAGCUCAUUAACUAGGAAGUCAGCAGUCAUCCCUCUGACCAACCAGGAGAUCACUUUAAUUACCCCCGCAAUGUCUUUGUUGACAGAACCAAAAAAGCAGCAUACAUUAUCUCAAUUAUCAUUUAUAUCUUUUGAGACAACUGACAAGGCAAGACAUGAAUCUGAGCCUGAAUCUACAGGAACCAGUGGUAAUACACAGCAGAAUAACCUGUUAGGCACAAGUCAUUUCAAUGAGUCAGUGACUUCAGUCAAAAUAACUCCUUCCUUCCUCCAUUCUAAGCAAACUUAUCAAAAAGAAUGAAGUAAAAAUGAAGCGAGACUGUCACAGCUUACUUUGGAAAACCAAAAUGAAAUCUUACUGUGAUAGCCAUUCUAUAAGUUUGUAGGCAGCUUUGUAAAUUUUAGUACCGGUAUAUACCUCUUUUAUUUUUUUUUUCUACUAAUUACAAACAAAUGCAUUGUUAUUGUCAGUCACUAAAAAAUUAAGCAUGAAAACAAGGAUUGAAACUCAAGAAAGAAAAAUUAAAAACAACAGAGAUCAUUUGAGAUGAAAUGUUAUAGAAUGUAAUGUCUAGUUUUAGCACAUAUGUGUAACUUGUGACAUUUGUCAUAUCUUGUUGAAAACUGUUUGUAUUCUAUCAACUUUAGUGGCAUGUCUUUGAUAUCAUUUCUUAUAAAACUUGAAUCAUCUUAUGUCUCUCAGAUAAAUACUGAGGGUGUAGUGCAACAACAAUGAGAAUACUUCACUAAAUAAACCACAAAUCUUGAUUUGUUAAUGAGAAUACUUCACUAAAUAAACCACAAAUCUUGAUUUGUUAAUGAGAAUACUUCACUAAAUAAACCACAAAUCUUGAUUUGUUAAUGAGAAUACUUCACUAAAUAAACCACAAAUCUUGAUUUGUUUCUAACAGAAAAAUAUCUUCAUUGUUUCUAGUUAAUAGUAUCUCUUGAACUCAUGUACUUUUACUUUUUUAGAAAAUAUUUUUUAUUUACUUAAUUUUUUUUAUCAUUUACCAUGUUAGGUGAAGGCCUUAUCAGGUUAGUUUGGCAUAAAUACUUAUGUAGGUUGGCCAACUCUUUACAUUUUGAAAAUGGUAAAAGAAGAAUAGUAUUCAGUGGUUGCUUUAAACUUAGUGCUUAGAUUUUAUUUAGGCUUCCAGUCUUUAAUAGGGACCUGAACAGAAAAUGUGGACUUAUCUUUUAACAAUGUUUCACCAUGGAAUGUAAGGUAAGUAUUAAUUAUAUUUCAUGAAAGAUACAAUUUAUUUGGAGCUGUAUUAACAUUGAUUCUAAUAUUUAGACCAAUGGUUGUUUUCAAAUAUUCAUUCUUUUGAUUUCAUUUUUUUUUCAUAACUUUCUAAGCAUAUAGCAUGAUUGUUAUUUCAAUCAAACCUAGUUAAAUCAAACUCAUUUAUAUUUAAUAUGUUUCACAACCUGGGUUAUGAGUUUGUUUUGGAGGUUGGUCAUCUUGUUCAAUGUAUUGAACUUCAUAGAAUUUUAGACAACUGCAUUUGUUUUCAUGAAGUUUGAGCGAAUCAGGUUUGAUUGUAUAGAACAUGUAAUUCUACUUGAUAAUUUUGUUUCAUGACUCCCUAAUGCCUUAGCUCUUAUCAAAAUCAUAUCAACUCAGGAAUUUUUGUUUUGUCCAUAUUGUUUAGAAAUAAUUCUUAAGUGUCUGAUGUAAGGACCAUUUGUGGACUGCCUUCAAAUGUUGAGCCAUGAGUGCAUUAUAUUUAUUUCUAUGAAUAGUUUUAGUAGCUGACAAAAGAGGAUAUACUGUUGUCCUCAGGUGAUAAAAUAACACAGGACCUUAAUUCUGAAUUGAAUCUGAUGGAACACUUUAGCACUGAUUACCCUGCUACUUGCUUGAAUAUUAAAAGACAAGAAAGGGAAUAGUAAGCUUUUUGUUGAAAUAUAAAAGUUUAGGCUUUUCUGUUCAGUAUUGAAGAUAGUCUAUAGAGUCUUCUUCCUCCUAAUCCAUUCAUUCACUCAUCUGUGAGCUUAGGUUUGACAAGAUUGUUGCUAAGCUUUUCCACAUUGUAUCAUCCUAAGCAAAGGAGUUUGUUUGCCCAAAGAAUUAGAAAUCAAAGCUUAGAAAGUCUUUUUUUUUUUAUGUAUAGACUUUGAUAACCACUUACAUCAAGGUGACUGGUCCAUGAGUUAGACAUAAGUACUUUUGAAAUUAUAAUAUCCACUUCAUAAAACAUUGAAGAAUUAGUCUUUAACAUUACAAAGAUAGGACAGACUUUUUUAAAAUAAAAAUUCUUUAAUUUAUUGUCAUAAAAAUUUAUUUUAAAACCAGUUUGGUGGUAUUCAUCUAUUUAUAUGAACUUAAUACUUUUGGGUUUAGGUGACUCUGGGCAUGAUUUAGAAGACAUCGGUCACAGAAAUCUUUUCAGAUAUUGUGGAGGAACUUGGUUGAAAACUUGUCUAUCAACCCUUGAUAGGAGACUUUUUGUUUACACUUGAUAGGACAUAUUUUUUUACCCUUUUAAUAGUUUCAGUGUAUUUCACUGGUCAACUAGCUGACUGGCCAUGUGUUUCAUACUUACUGUUCCUACACUCUGCUAUGAUCCAGGUCCAACAUAUGAUAGGACUAAAACUUAGGCAGGCCUAACUUAGAUUUCACUCGACUUAGACUUAAACUGUAGUUUAGUUUGCAGAAACUUUUCUAGGGCUGUCAAAGGAAAGAUAGAUCAGUGCUCAUCCAAGGCAUCCUGCCAUCAUUUCUUACAACUCUUUUCAAGCUUUGUCCAACAUCAUUUGUUUGUGUGCUCUAGUACCUGACCAAGCAUAGAGCCAGAUUGUCUUAUAGAAACUUUUAUUGCAAUGGAAUUAUUAAAUAGACUGUUUAAAAUCAGCUGUGGAUAUAUGGUCAUUUGUGAGAGUUGCAUAAAAAACACUGGUGAUUGGAUUUCCCAUGUACUAAUAGCAAUGAAAUGAACAUGAACUGACAGCAGGUGAUAGCAAGCUGUGAGUCAAGGUAUUCCAACCUGAAGCUGACUUGAAGGUCAUUUAACAGACACAAUGGUUACUUAAUAGCUUAUGAUGCUUGUUUUUUUUUUCUUUUUAAAUAUAAAGUGUUCUAUUCUAAUCAUAUGGUUAUGUUUGUUUUGUUUUAUCAAAUGUUUUUAUAUAUAAAAAACAAUGAAUAAAAAAAAGUUAUAGAAAGUGGAAAAAUGAAUAAAAUACACAUCAAUAAUUGAA